UAAAGAAGUUUGUCGAUGGUACAGAAUAACAUUUGAGGAAGAACCAAUAAAAAAUAUAAUUCAAGAAAGAAUACGUAAUAAUAUCAAUUAAUGGUAUUUUAAAUGUGAUUCUUCAUCAUAAAUAUUUUAAAUAAUUUUAUGUAUAUCAUCGUGUUUACAUCUUAAAAAAUUAUAACCAUAGAUGAGUGGUGAAUAACAUUGUUACAGCAAAUUUCGUUGAAAUCAAUCAUUAAAGUUAUUUCAAAAAGAAUAUUUAACUUAAGUUAUUUAACAAUUAUAGGAGAAUAUUUAACAAUUGUCCUUUGAGUUGUAAGAUAGAAAUUACAUUGAAAGAAUAAAUAAACAUACUACAGAAAAUGGCACAAAAACACGAUUCUGGUGAUGAAAUAGGUUCUAUAUCUCGUAAAUUAGAGUCAAUAUCAACUGAUUCCAACUACAGCAUUGCGGAACAUUCAAGAAUUGAUGAGUAUUCAUCUUAUGUUUCUACUACUGAACAAAAAAUGGAAGCAAAUGCAGUAAAAAAUGAAGUUUACAUGAUUGGAAAUAAUUUACCUCGAAUUAAUUGUCCAGAGAAAAUUAUUUUUAUGAUUGAUAUUACACGAGAACCUGAUUGUACCAUGUAUGAAUUAGGAGUUGGUAAGAAGUAUUUACCGUUACACAUAAUCAAAAAAGCUUUAGAAGUAUUUAUUCUUGCUAAAGGAAGAUUGAAUCGUGCUCAUGAAUUCGCAAUAAUGACUUUGGGUGACAAUACAGUAAAUAUGGUUUGCGAUUUUACAAAUAAUUCAAGACAAUUGUGUAACGCUCUUGAAAAAAUCAAUGAAGUUAAGCUUGAAGAGAUAAAUCCUUGUGAUUUAAGUCAAUGCUUUGAGAAAAUACAUGCAUUUGUCACUUUCGAUUCAAUUUCAUCAAUUCCAACAAGUGUAACUCGCGUAAUUUUCAUUUAUACUCGUUCCUAUUGUUUACCAAUAUUCAAUGAUAUUAGAUAUUUUAAAAAAAUGAUGCACUAUCCUUAUUUUUUUGUGGACUUGAUUUAUGUACAUGAACCGCUAAGUGACGACAAUAUGAGUGAAAGAAUUUACGGUGAGUUACAACGACUUGAUGCAAAAAAUAGCUCUUACAUUCUUGAAGUAGGGAGAAAUGCAGCUCAGUUAUAUAAUACUGUUGUCAAAUUAAUUGCACAUCCUUUGCAAAGACCUAAACAAGAUGAUGCUAAUUAUAAUAUUUUCUUGACAGAAGUAAUUGAUGAUUAAUCUGUGAAUCAAUAUUUAUCUUCAAUAGAAAUUAAGAGUAUUGUAUUAUUUAUUAGUCAUUUAUUCAUAAGUAAUAUACUGAAAUAUUUUUCUAUUUUUAUUUUUUUUAAUGAUAAUGGCAGUUUAAUAGAAAACAUUCUUCUGCAAUAAAUUUUUAUUUACAA